AUGGCGAACUCGAGCAGCGAAUCGACGCAGUAUACCCUCUACAGUAGCCUUCAAACUGCACUUCAUGCAGACGUGGAUACUGGUGGCGCUUGGUCUUGUCAGCCCGGUGAUGCAUCUUGUCUCAUUGCUCCUCAUCAAUCGCUUUUUGAAGGGAGCCUGGACUUUCUUGGUCUUCACGGCAUGGUCGUCGCUCGCAUCGUUGUCGAUCAACCAUGGGCCGCACCUGGAAGGACGGUACCAGUGAGCCUCGCUAUCCGGGCUCUCGUCAACGUCUACCAGACUGUUCAGCGGAGUGGAAUCGGAGGUGCCAUCACAGAAUCUCUCUCAUAG